AUGAAGUUGUUAGAGGACAUUUACAACUUUGAUGGCGAUGGGUCUGUUAUAUGGGAUGGUGGUGACAACGAAAUACAAGUGCAUUUAAUGAAUGUACAAAAUUUGGUGCAGUCAAGCUCAAUACACGGGAAUGUUAUCGACGCGUACGCCGUUGUGCUAAUGGAUUUGCAGAAGGGGUCGGCCGAAAGGAUGGAAAAUGUAGACACAUCGUACAUGUACAGCAGCAUAUGUUCAAGUCAGGAACAUAAAGGUCUGAAUUUGAUUCUCGUUGGUCGAAACCCCGAGAAACUCAAGGAGGUUUCGGAGUCGAUCGGAGCCAAAUUCGGGAAAACCCAGAUCAAGACUGUGGUUGUUGAUUUCUUUGGAGAUUUGAACGAAGGGGUUAAACGGAUUCGUGAAACCAUUGAAGGUCUGGAUGUUGGAGUUCUGAUCAAUAAUGUUGGAGUUUCGUAUCCUUAUGCGAGGUUUUUCCAUGAGGUGGACGAGCAAUUGUUGGCUGAUUUGAUUAAAAUCAAUGUUGAAGGGACUACCAAGGUUACACAAGCGAUUUUGCCUGAGAUGAUUAAGAGGAAAAGAGGUGCGAUUGUUAAUAUUGGUUCCGGUGCCGCCAUUGUUAUCCUUUCUGAUCCACUUUAUGCUGUAUACCUCGCUUCUAUGUGCCUUUGA